AUGCCGAAGUACUACUGUGAUUAUUGCGAUACCUAUUUAACACAUGAUUCACCUAGUGUCCGAAAAACUCACUGUACUGGCCGCAAACAUAAAGACAAUGUAAAAUUCUUUUACCAAAAGUGGAUGGAGGAACAAGCCCAACAUUUGAUCGACGCUACCACAGCUGCAUUUAAGGCAGGAAAGAUUGCACAAAAUCCAUUUGGAGGUAAAGGUGCGGCGAUUCCUCCGCCAUGGGAUCCUUCUGUGAUGGGGCCUGGAGGGCCUAGACAACCUGUGCCCGCUCCAGGCGGACCGCCUGGUAUGAUUCCUCCACCAUCUAUGGGUCCUGGUGGACCUAUGGCUCCACCGAUGAUGAUGGGGCCACAUGGGCCUAUGCCCCCAAUGAUGGGAAUGCGCCCACCAAUGAUGGGCCCAAUCAUGGGGCAUAUGGGCCCCAUGGGGCCUAUGGGACAAAUGCGACCGCCUUUGAUGAAUGGACCACCAGGUUAA